AGAAACCAAACAGAUCAAUGGCGAAAAGAAAGAACUCUUCAUCUUCCUCUCCAAUCCCGAUCGGGAAUUGCGAGGUCACUGUCGAAACAAGAAACUUCAGCUUCCAGUCGGACCCUAGCAGCCUUCAAAUCUCAAUCUCCAGAAGCGCAACAAUCAAAAUCUCAGUGAUGGAAAACAUGAUUAGAAGGAAUAGUAAUGAGCUUGGGGCUUCGAAAUGUGAAGAGAAAGAGGAGGGGGAGAAAGUUUUCUUGCUCCUCAAUCCCAAGGAUUCCGAUAGCUGUACUAAAUCGUAUCUUCAGCAUGUACUAAAUAUGUACAUGAAGGAGCUUCCGGCUAUGAACUAUGCUGCUAAUACUGGAAAGCAAUCAAUGUUCCUUGAACGAUGUGUAACAAAUGGGAAGUAUUGUACGCUGCUUUUGUUAUCCAACUCUUUGGGAGAUUCUGGAGAGGUUGUAGCUGCAAUUACAUAUCAAAUAGUCCCGGCUGAUACUCAAUAUGCUGAGAUCCCUCUUGCUGCUGUUAGUGCAAUCUACCAACACAAGGGUUUUGGUCACCUCUUGUAUGUAGAAUUGAGAAGGCGACUCCAGAGUGUUGGUAUUCGCACAAUAUUCUGCUGGGGAGACAAGGAAUCUGAAGGGUUUUGGCAUAAACAGGGUUUUGUAUCUAUAGCUGAGGUAGACUCCAAGGGUAGAGCUCGUAGACUACCUAUUAAAGCUGACAUACGCAGAGCUUUAUGCUUCCCUGGUGGUUCGACCCUCAUGGUUUCUCAUCUUAACAAAGAAAUUUCAGAUAGCCCUGCAGAUUCUCUUAAAUUGUGUUUGCCAUUAAAGCCUCGUGAGACAUGUUCAUCAUCUGCUUUUGGAGCUCAACAACUUCGACUUUCUAGAUCUGAAAAUCUUCCAUCCGAAGGGAUGAAUGAUGGGUUCCCAAGGGAAGACGAAAACUUAGUUGGAGCAUACUGCAACAAGAUGGCUGCUGGUGCAGAACUAUCCAAGAAAGUAACUGAUCCUAAUGUAAAGCAUUGUUCUUGUUCUACACAAGGUUCAAAGAGGAGGGUUUGGGAAGCCUCUUUAUCUUCAUUGAAGUCAAAAAAAGUAAAGGGUAGCCAUUCAAUUGACUGUCAAGUUGGUUCUAACUGCGGUUUAGCUUUAGGAGGUGAUGAGAAUGAAUCUCGUUUUCGAGGAUGUUCCUUGGACACUUCAAGUGACAAAUAUUUGACGAGAGCUACUCAUAGUGCUCCUUUGAGUAGCAGUUGUGUGGAAAAAAUUGUUGAAGAACAUCAGUUGGUUAGUGUAAUGCAAGAAGCGUCGGCCAGUGAAGAUUUUAAGUCAAAGGGAGAAUGCUUUAGAAUCAUGUUGAUGAAUAUUGCUGAUGAUACUAAGAGAAUUCAUCUCACAAAGGUAAUCGAAGACCUUGGCGGUGCUGUUAUAUGCGAUGGAAAUUUAGGCACACAUGUUGUCACCGGAAAAGUGAGGAAAACACUGAAUUUCUGCACUGCUCUGUGUUCAGGAGCUUGGAUAGUCUCGCCUACUUGGUUGAAAGAAAGCUUCCGUGAAGGCAGAUUUGUGGAUGAAAUUCCCUACGUAUUAAAUGAUGAAGAAUACAUGUUGAGGUACAGAGCUGAGCUAAAACAUGCAGUUCUCAGAGCAAAAGCAAGUCCUCAGGCUUUGCUCAAAGGGUAUUACGUUUGCAUAGCGGCUCAUGUUCAACCCCCUGCUAAGACUUUAUCUGCAAUUGUCAGGUCUGCUGGUGGAGAGAUCAUUCGUGGACUGGAGGAAGUGAAUGAAGCAUCAAGAACAAUCUUUGUGGCAUGCGAGGAAGACAUGGAUGAAGCACUGUUGGCUGUGAAGAAAGGGAUUUGGACUUUCAGUAGUGACUGGUUAAUGAACUGUGUCAUGAGACAAGAGCUCGACCUGCAGGCCCCCCAAUUUGCAGAGUCCCUCUAACUACGCUUUCAUGAGUUGUGUGGAGAUCCAAGUUUAUUUCAACGUAAAUCCUCUCUCUCUCUCUCUCUCUAUACAUAUAUAUAUAUAUAUAAUAUAUAGGUAACUUAUUCAAAGCCUGCUCACUGUCCCAAGAGAACAUAAGACAAGAAGGUUGGCUGGAAAGUUCGAAGAAAACAGGUUAUUGUGAAGGCAGAUGUUCAAGUUAGACUUAUUGAUUGAUAUCACAAAAUUUUGUUAUUGUGAAGGCAACAUAAUUGCUAUUAGUACGUGCUUGAGUAUAUAUUUCUUUACCAAAAUAUUACUCACUC